AUGUCUCAAACAAAAGGAGAACAAGUCGGUUUUCAAGAUCAUAAUUAUUUACGAGAUUCCCUUUUGAUAGAAAUCUUGCUAAGGCUUCCUUUGAAACCAAUCUUCAAGUUCAAAACUGUCUGCAAACAUUUGUUUUCUUUGAUUUCUGAUCCUUUCUUUGCCGAUUCUUAUGUUAGCCGAAUCAACAAUGAUUUAUUACUAUUUCCCUCCAAACCAUGGGUCCUUAUGAUGGAUUAUGAUCCAUCUCAGGAUCAUAAACCUGAGAGCAUAGCUGACGUUAUUGCUGUUAACGAAUACCCUAAAUUUAUUUCCGCAGGAUUUUCACUUUCCUUUCUUCUGAUCGAACCAGAAGGAGAAUGGCAUUUGAAGCAGGAGAUUCGAUAUCGUGAAGUCCGGAGAUCAGCCUAUGCUUCGCUGAGGAAGCAGUCCUUAUUGGGAACUUCAAUGCUUACAUUACCAACACCGUUAGCAAUACACCCAUUCAAUUCAGAUGCAAUGGUGGUGUUGCAAUUUCUGACAAUUUUUAGACACAAAAGGCGGAAACAGCCUGUUUCUGAAAAUUCAUGUCGUAUGUGCAUAUGUACUGCUUUACUUUCUCAUGUAAUAAUCGCAUCUUAUAAUGCUUGA